AGUUCCGGGUUGAACCCCAAGAAUCUCGACCACGUGACGCGUGCGGCCUCGCUAGUUCCGGCGGCUUUGGCGCUAAAACGCGGUCGCUUCUUGUCGCGCGCGCGCCUCUCGACAUUUAAACCUCGAUUUCAAACACACCGAUCCCCUCUCGCAAUUAGAACAACCGCUGUUCUUUUAGAUCCUAUUGACGCCCAAGAGCGAUUUCAAUUUGGCAGCUCCACGUUUAGAUAUACACACUUUUUUUAUUAUUGGUCGCGGAGUUAGCGAGCGGUUGUACGGCGCGCGACUCGCCGCCGCCGCUGCUGCUGCUAACUUCAAAGUGCUAAUUGUUGAGUUUCCUCUGCAACGAAACGCGAUUAGUUGCUCACUCGUUGUGCGAUGGUGCUGAUGCUGAGUGAGGUGGCUCUGCCGGACGACGGCGUGAAGCACCAGGAAUCGGCGAUGUCGCUGUUCGUGAACGGAGAAGACGCGGGCAGCGGCGUCUUGUGCGUGGCUGAGAGUCGGCUGGCAUGGCGCGAUGCGCAGGGCCGCGGCGUGUCGGUGGAGUACCCUCGCGUGAGCCUCCACGCCGUGUCCCGUGACCCCAACACCUUCCCGCAGCACCACCUCUACGUGAUGCUCAACGGCAAGCUGCGUGCUGAGGAUUCUGCGGGCGACGGGGCGAAGGGCGACGAAGAGGAGGAAGACGACGACGAUGAUGAUGAUGACGACGACGACGACCCCAUCACAGAGCUCCGCUUUGUCCCCAGAGACUCGUCCUCGCUGGAGGCGCUGUUCACCGCCAUGUGCGAAUGCCAAGCCCUCCAUCCUGACCUAGACGAGGUUCUUUCAGAGGAUGACAUUUACGACGACGACGUUGGAGAGGGGGACACGGGCAAUGGGGGGCACCAGCGCUGGUACGGGGACCAGGAGGGGCUGGGGAUGCUGACGAGCACGGGCCGCGCCACGUUGGCGCACCUCGACGGCCUCCUGGCCGACGCGUCGUCCCGGGCGCUCUCCUUUGGCAUGGGCGGCGUACGCGAACGCAACGGCACCGAGCCUGACGAUGGCAUGGAAGUUGAUGCAACGUCACAGAUCCCCCCGUACGGAGAGACCGGGCAAUUCGACGACGCCGACGAUGACGUCUAGCGGCGGCACAUCGGCUCGCUCCUUUUCAUCAUCACUUUCAGUUCUUGUCCCCUCUUCAUUAAAUCGUUUUGAUCCCAGUCCGCCUUCUAAUAUCUGCCCUGGAUACAAAUACUCACAAAUGCAUUGUGUCCGCUCAACGAUCAAAACAUAAAAGUUCAGUGAGAUAAUGCCGUAGCCAGUUGUGUUCAUGUUAAAAUUGCCAGGCUGGUCUUUGGAGUCUUACUUUUUUUUCCAAGGUGGUGGGAAGAAGGGGCAGGGAGUUGAUCUGUCACGUUUCCUCUGUUCACUUUCGGGGGUUGGCCAGGUGAGCUAGUGAACGGCGCUGCCGGCCAGUUGGUCGAAGCGGCCGGUGGCGUUACUGUGCGACUCGUGUGGAGAUCCGUAGAGACGCACAGACGCCCAUCGACUCGUACUGAGACCCACCACAGACCCGAAUAGAGACCCACAGCCUCACAUAGACACCCACAGACUUGUACUGAGACCCACCACAAACACAAAUAGAGACCCACAGACUCGCACAGACACCCAUAGACUUGUACUGAGACCCACCACAGACACAAAUAGAGACCCACAGACUCGCACAGACACCCAUAGACACGGAUUGCAGUGCCGUUAUGCUCCAUGGAUUGACGCGACCGCUCCGGAGGAGAUCUCCGCAUCUGAUGCCCUGAUGCGGUUCAGCACAGGGUCCAGUGGAUCAUGGGGAAAGUUGAAACAGCAAGGAGGCUCUUUUGUGGUGUUGGCAAUUUGGUGUUGGAGACUCUGGCUGUGUCCCUGGUUUAUCACCCCAGAUUCUCGGGAUCGGUUUAUUGGGGCUAUGGGAGCUUCCGCUUCAUCUAAUCCCAGUUGCGCCACUUUGCGACGCAGUCUUCCCACUGUGCUUUUGCCUCCAACAGAUCAGUGGGGGGUUGGGGGGGGUGCGUGUGAGGCGUGCCUCUCUUUCGUUACAUUUGGUGGUGACCUGAUCUCUCCAUGCAGUGUCCAUCGACAUCGAUGUUUAUUUUGGUGCUUUGCCGU